UAAGUGUGUAGUUUUUACACCUUUGCAGGGAACCAUAAACCGACUAAAAAACCCAAUUCUUUUUUUAAGCGCGUUGGUCUAGUUUGGUUCUCAUUGGCUUCCGUAGUUAGUAAACGCGGAAGUAGUAAUCCAGGGCUUUAACUGGUGUUUUUAAUCCAAAAUGCACCUGCAGAUAUGAACUGUACGGUAUUGUUCAGAGUGACGGAAGUGUUUAGGUGUGACACGCAGUCAGACAGGUAUUUCCGGUGAUGUGUGGCCGCUCCGGCUCCUCUCUUCCUGUCCUCCUCUCACUGACUGGUCCAUUCAGGGAAGUUUAUCGCUCCGCAGACCGCCGACAUGAGGGUCCGCUCGUCGGUGUUCGCCUGCUUCAUCCUGGUGUGUGAAGUGGUCGGCGUUGCCCUCUUCCUGAGGGGAUUUUUCCCGGUUCCGGUGAAGUCUUCCUUCUCCUCCAAGAGCAGGCUGUCAGAUUUACCAGCGGAGCCGCUGGCAGGAAGCCCUCCCAACUCCAGCCGCCUCCCCCAGCCCCUGUUCAGAAGGGUGGUCCUCAUGCUGGUGGACGCCCUCCGGGAGGAUUUUGUGUUUGGCCCCUCUGGGGGCUCUGAUAUGCCCUACACCAGGUCCCUGGUGGAGAAGGGCUCCUCCCUCAGCUUUGUAGCAAAGGCCAGACCUCCUACAGUCACCAUGCCCAGGAUCAAGGCUCUCACCACUGGCAGCAUCCCAGGCUUCAUCGACGUGGUAAUGAACCUGAAUUCUCCUGCACUCCUGGAGGACAACCUCAUCUGGCAGGCCAAAACAGCAGGGAAGAGGAUAGUCUUCUAUGGAGACGACACAUGGGUCCGCCUCUUCCCGAAGCACUUCAUGGAGCACGACGGCACCACCUCCUUCUUUGUGUCCGACUACACUGAGGUUGACAACAACGUAACCCGUCACCUGGACAGCACCCUGAAGAGAGACGACUGGGACAUUCUGAUCCUCCACUACCUGGGCCUGGACCACAUCGGCCACAUCAGCGGACCCCACAGUUCACUGGUCCAACCCAAACUGCUGGAGAUGGAUGACAUCAUGAAGAAAAUCCACAGCUCUCUUGUUUCUAAGGAGGCAGAGGGGUCUCUGCCCUACCUGCUGGUGCUGUGCGGAGACCACGGCAUGUCUGAGACCGGCAGCCAUGGAGGCUCCUCUGAGCCAGAAGUCAACACGGCUCUCCUGCUCGUCAGUCCAGCCUUCAAAAGGAAAGCUGGAUUGGAGAAGCCUGCAGUGGUGGAGCAGGUCGACCUGGCCCCGACCCUGGCCCUGGGACUCGGGCUGCCCAUAUCUCAGAACAGCGUCGGCCGAGUCAUCCCCGGCGUCUUGGAGGAAGCCCCGCUCCGGGACCAGCUGCGCUUCCUGCAUCUCAAUGGCCACCAGCUCAGCUGCCUGCUGCGAGACAGCAUGGCUGACCACGAGAAAGAGGCCGGCUUCGAACAGUUUCGUGUGGCAGAAAAGGCUCAUGGGAGCUGGAUGAAGCUCUACCUGGAAGGAAAUACCUCUGAGGUGCUGACCAACAUGGGCAAAAAAGUCCUGAAGCAAUACCUGGAGGCGCUGGCUGCCAUGAGUUCUGCUCUGAGCAAACAGCUGGGCAAAUACGACCUGUACUCCAUGAUUGCAGGGAUGGUCUUUGUCUUCCAGCUCCUGUUGGUCUUACUGCUGGCUAUGCCUGAAGCCCUCAGCGGUACCGCAACAGUGGACCUUCCGGUCCUUUCUUCUCUGCUCUCCCUGCCUUUCUACCUCCUGUGUCUGCUCCUCGCCUCCGUGCACGUGUUGGUGUGCACAUCAGCUGAGAGCUCCUGUUACUUCUGCAGCCUCUCCUGGGGUCUGGUGUUUGCUGCUGUCGCCUUCUCCUCAGCAAUGUUUUGCAUUUUGAUCUCGGUAGCAACACGGAGACUCCCCCUUGGACCAACGAUUCAUGGGAAGUCUCCCAUGAGGAGCUCCGGUGGGGAGUGGUCGUUAUCGGAGCUAGAUGUUUUGCUCUUGGCAGGAACCGUCGCUCACACGCUUAGCUUGGCAGCGAGCAGCUUCGUGGAAGAGGAGCACCAAACCUGGUACUUCCUGCUCAACACGCUCUGUCUCGCCGUCUUCCAGGACGUGUGCAGGAAGUACUUCAGAGAGGAGAGAAGCUCUGGAGAUGAUGAUGAGCAUCUCCUUCCUUCCAAAGACAGUCACUCCUCUGCUCACCCCAAACCAGAGAUGAUCUCGGAGAAGUGGUUCGCUCUGGCCACGCCUCCCUUCACUCUGGUUUGCUGCCGGCUGCUUCGCUCACUCAACCAAACAGGGGUCCAGUGGGCCCACCUCCCAGACGUCAGUCACUGGCUGAACAGCUCUGAGCAUAAGAUGGUCCUGUCCCUGCUGUCUGCGUUCUGUUUGCUCCUCAUCUACCUCCUGGUUCAAAGACGCUGCUCGCUGGUCUCCAAGGUCGCCCUGGCACUCGGACUCCUGGGCGUCUACAGCUACCGGGCAGCUGUCGGCAAUGUCCUGUUUCCCUGGCAACACUCCGGUCGAACUGCGUCCAAGGGAACAGUGGAGGCACGCUUUGUUUACGUCUUCGUUCUGGGCAUCCUCUUCUCGGGGACCAAGGACCUGCUGAGAUCCCAGAUCAUCACUGCAGAUGCAAAGCUGAAGAGCAGGGGAUUAUGGGAGAUUUACAGCGGCCUGGUUUUGCUGGUUUCCCUCUUGUUCCGGGCCCAUAACCUGCCAGUGCUGUGCUGCUGCCUUUUGAUCCAGACACUCAUGGCUCGGUUUAUAUGGAGGAAACUCCACUAUGACGCAGCCCAGACCACCAUCAUGCAUUACUGGUUUGGCCAGGCCUUCUUUUACUUUCAGGGCAACUCCAACAACAUAGGCACCGUCGACAUCUCUGUGGGCUUCGUUGGUUUGGAAAGCUACAUCGAAGCGCCUGCCAUCUUUUUAACAGCUCUCAGCACUUACGCAGGUCCCCUCCUCUGGGCCUGUCACCUCGUCUGCUACCUGAGCUCAGAGAGAGAAAGGAGCCCGGUCGCCGUCAGCCACGGCUGCUACUGUUUGGCCCUGCUGAGGUCAGUGCCGGCUGCAGCCUACAUCGUCCUGGUUACCGUCCUGCGUUACCAUCUCUUCAUCUGGAGCGUCUUCUCCCCCAAAUUGCUCUAUGAGUCCAUGCACCUGCUGCUGACCGCGGGCGUCUGCCUCUUCUUCAUCACCAUGGAGCAAAGCCACAGCUCCAGUAAGUCUUAGGGAGGUGAAACAGAAAGAUCAGAUCCUCGGACUGCUGGGACUCCGUCCUGAGAGGAGCUUUAAGUUUAAAAAUAAAAUGCUACUGAUGGAAAUGUGUUAAAUGAAAACGGUUUGGGAUAAAUAAAGGUGGGAUGUAACUUGUUGAAGACAAACUGUUUUUCUCUGAGAUCUGCAGACUAAAAGCAGCUCUGCGAGUUUUUGGAAAACUUUGAUGUUUUUAUACAAUAUCCUCUGAAGCAUUCAAGCAUCCUGGCAGAACCGAAUGUGUCUGAAGCUGCAGACCAUCGACUCCUGGCUUUGGAUGCUUCCAGACACGACGCUAAGAUCAGAGGUGAGAAUAAGGAGAUCAAUCAACACAGUUUUCCUGUUAAAGGAUUCAGGUUUGGAGUCCUGCUGCUUUUUCCUCACACCCGACAUGGAUACUGGAAUCAAACCGUAUUAUUAAUAAUAGCUGCAUAUCCUCGUGUGACGGAUCAAAGGGUCCGCGGUGGAUUUCUCAGGAGUUUUUGUCUUGGCCUAAAGGAGCUAAGGCGAGCAAGCGGGAUGUGAGACUCUGCAGCCUGCCGUUCGCCCACAGAGAGCUCUAAAAAGCCUUCUAAUCAGGCGGCAUUAAUGAAAAUACCUGUGUGGGUGGGAGGAAUAGAGGAGUGCAGAGUGGGAGUUUAAAAGACACUGCAGCCUUUUCUCUUCAUCACAAACAAUUGAUUAAACUCCAGUUUUCUGUUGUUGUUUUUUUUUUUUUUUUCAUUGCAUAAGUUGACCUUUCUGGUGAUAUUUGUUUAUGAAGUUUAACAGUCUCUGGGAAAACAAUUUAUUCCUCCUAAACUUUUUGUUUGGUCGAGUCACAGAAACUUUAAUGUCAUUUGUUGGGAUUUUGCGCAGCAGCAUAAAGCCUCAUUAGUACUCAAUGCACUGGAAUAAGAGCAAGGGGAGCGCACCCUACCUCCUUCCCAGCAUGCACCACUCCACCCACAAUGAACCAGAUGCAGAUAGAUAGAAUAUAAUUACUUUAGGAACUGAAGCAAGAGAGUAAUGGAAAGGAAAAACGAUUAAAUUCAGUUUAUUUAUGUAGCGCCAAUUCACAACACGUCAUCUUAAGGCACUUCAAACAGAUCAUACAGUCAGAUAGGUUCAAAGUUUUCUAUCUAAGGAAAAUC